CCGAUCGAUUGAAACACUAUCGACUUGGAUCAUAAAAGACAUUGGUGAUAGAGUUCGGUGCUCUGAAACUCCAAACCAUGGCCUCAAUCACCUGUGCUACCCAACUAAUCUUCGCCUCUCAGGCCCCAAAAAAUUCAUCUUUUUCAUCUGGGUCGGCUCCAAACUUGCCCAGAUUAAGGUCUCAAUUUGUGGGUAAAGGUCCAAAGAAGCUCAGAAAUAGACCCACCAAAAAUGGUUCCAGAACCAUCACAUGUUGGUUCAAAUUUGGCCGAAAUGGUGUUGAUGCCGAAGGUGCUGGGAUUUACGGCAGCCAAUCACGAGACGACUACGACCGCGACGACGUCGAACAAUACUUCAACUACAUGGGAAUGCUUGCUGUUGAGGGUACUUAUGACAAGCUGGAGGCUCUUCUGAGCCAAAACAUCCACCCAGUAGAUAUCUUGUUGAUGAUGGCCGCCUCUGAAGGCGACAAGCCCAAACUGGAAGAGCUACUAAGAGCUGGAGCUAAUUAUACUGUCAAAGAUGCAAAUGGAUUGACUGCACUUGAUAAGGCAGCUAGUGAUGAAAUUAAGGAUCUUAUCCUUGGGUUUUCACCUCAGAAGGCAUGAAAUAUCAAGAGCUUUGUAACAAUUCUGUAGUCGUUUCGAAUUCUUUGUUUUGUAGUAGUUUCUGUCCUCUUUGUGAAUUCUGAAAUUUCGAGACAUGAAUCUUUCCAUCAUAGUAAUCUUUUCUCUCA